ACCGUCUUCCCGCCAUUGGCAUUUGGCACUAGCUCAGUUCAGUUCGCCGGUUAUGUAAUGGAGACUCCGUCGCUUGAAAACCCCGUCCAGGCGAAGGCAAAGCUGCCGCGGCCACUACCUAUCCUUCCUCCGGAUCUCAUCGCCGAGAUUCUGACUUGGCUGCCCGUCGUCUCGCUCCUCCGAUUCAGGUCCGUCUCGAAAUGUUUCAAAACCCUAAUUUCGAGCCCCGAUUUUGUCAAAGCACAUCGAAGAUGUACGAAAGCGCUGUCUGCUGUCAAACCGAAUCGGGUUGAUAGGCUGUUCAGGCGGUCAUUCAACUUCUUCCAUCGGCCAAUCCAUCGCCAAAACGAACGGAGGCCUCUUGUUUUCGAUUGGGGCUCGAGUUCGUGGUCGCUUGAGUCCUUAUACAAUGGCCCCCGAAUUGAAGUCGCUGAGCGUGUAGAUGUCUUUCUAGGAGUCGACAACGGUGGUGGUGAUCAUGUUGUUGGGUCUUGCGAUGGGUUGCUAUGCUCUGUUGUCGGCUUAUACCAUGGGGUGGUGGUAUGGAACCCUUGUACCAGAGUUGUGAGGGAAUUGCCUGCGUUCCGCUGUGAUAUUUCGGAGGAACAGAUGCGUGGGUGUGUCAGGAUUUUUGGAUUUGGUUAUGACUGUCAGCUUGAUGAUUACAAGGUAGUAGUCGCGAUUUCCUAUCCAACUGGAAAUCAUGGAACAGAUGAGUUCGAAACUCAAGUUCAAGUCUUUGCUCUGAAGACUAAAUCUUGGAGAAGAAUCGAGGAUUUUAAGUAUGGGGUUCCGAGAUGUUCGGGUGUAAAGUUCGCUGCUGGCAGUCUUUACUACAAAGUGCCAAGUUCUAGAGGUGAUGGGAAUCCCGAGUGGCAGGAAACCCUAGUGUCACUUGACCUUGCUACAGAGAAAUAUAACAAGGUGAAGCUACCUGAUUUUGGUGACUCUGGUGCUCAUUGGGAAAUAGAGUCACUAGUUGAUCGUCUAUGUCUCGCAUCUUUUGAUGAUGGCGAUUCGUGUGUGGUAUGGGUGAUGAAAGAGCCUAGAGUGACAGAUGCGUGGACUAAAUUGUUCAGGGUCGAUCAGGUUGUGGUCGAUGCAGGGUUCCGCACUCCAUUGUACAUUUCAGAUAAUGGUGAAGCUCUUUGGGAAAAUUAUGAAGAUCUGUUCAUUUACAACCCGAAGGUUAACACUGUCAGGUUUCCUACAUCGAGAAGUUUGCCCGAUCGUGAUGGUCCUGUUGUGAUCUACCUGGAGACCCUAGUUUCGCCAGAAAUGUAUAAUUAGCAAACUCAGUUGUAGGUCUCACCGGUUGGAAUUUUGACUCCGUAAGAUCGAUCAUCCCAUAGAAUGCUAUGAUGCUAUCAUUGACGGAAAGAGCAAGGUGGUUCGUACGUUUCAUUUAGGUUUGUAUGUGUGAUUGAGCAUGUAUUAUUAUUAUUAGUAAUUUUG